AUGUCAACUAACAUCAUUGUCGUUCUCGGUGCCGGAGUCUCUGGGCUGACAAGUGCUCUACUGCUCUCCAAAGAUCCUGCCAAUCAAAUCACUGUUAUCGCAAAGCAUAUGCCAGGAGAUGUCGAUGUUGAAUAUUGUUCGCCCUGGGCUGGGGCAAACUACCUCCCAUUUGGAGCGGAAGGCAGUAGACUAGGAAAAUGGGAAAAAGCUACUUGGCCUCACCUACAGUAUCUAGCACAGAACUGCCCGGACGCCGGCGUAGAGUUUCAAGGUGCCACGGUUAGGGUUCGAAACAAAGACAAAAACUCGACGACGGGGAAAUGGACGGCCGAACUAACCAAACCAAGUCCCUGGUAUCGAACGGUAGUCCCAGAUUUUGCGAACAUUCCAAGCCAUCAGCUAGACCCCGGCGUUGACAAUGCCAACUACUUCACAUCUGUCUGCAUCAAUGUGGCAGUAUACCUGCCCUGGCUGUUGAGCCAAUGUCGGCGGAGAGGCGUGGAGUUCAAGCGAGCAAUCGUCAGUCACGUCGUAGACGCUGCCACCGCCCACCAUUCUGGAAAGACGGCGGAUCUUGUGGUCAACUGUACGGGGUUGUCUUCUAUGACGCUGGGGGGUGUAGAUGACAAAACCCUGCAUCCCGUCAGGGGCCAGCUCGUUGUGGUGCGGAACGAUCCCGGGUCCAUGCAUAUGAUCUCCGGCACAGACGACGGAGAUGGAGAAGGUACAUAUACUAUGGUGCGGCCUGCCGGUGGUGGCACAAUUCUUGGCGGGUCAUAUCAAAUGGACAACUGGGAUCCUAAUCCUGAUCCCAACUUGGCGAUCCGCAUAAUGAAGCGCUGUAUCGAGCUAUGUCCCAGCUUAGUUCCUCAAGGACAGGGCAUCGAAGGUCUCAGUGUAAUCCGUCAUGGAGUAGGACUGAGACCUCUUCGCGAAGAUGGGCCCCGGGUUGAGAGAGAGAAAAUAGGCAGGUUCUGGGUGGUUCAUAACUACGGGCAUGGUGGUUAUGGGUAUCAGGCAUCGUACGGCUGUGCAGAGACAGUGCUCGAGUUAACCGCGCAGGUCCUGUCACAGAAGAACCAUUGCAAUCUGUAA